AUGAGCGGCGGGGGAAACAACGUCGUGAGCAAAGUGUUCUACGCGACGUCGUAUCAUCCGAUUCAAUCCGGAAGUAUCGACGGAACCGACGUUGCGGCGCAUGAUAACGGCGUCCGUCGAGCUCUCCUCUGUUAUAACGCCGGUCUAUAUGAUCCUUCUGGCGAUUCGAAAGCAGUCGGAGAUCCUUACUGUACUCUCUUCGUCGGUCGUCUCUCUCAUCUCACUACGGAGGAUACUCUUCGAGAGGCGAUGAGUAAGUAUGGCAGGAUCAAGAGCUUGCGCUUGGUGAGGCACAUUGUGACAGGUGCUUCACGAGGGUAUGCGUUUGUGGAGUAUGAGACUGAAAAGGAGAUGCGUCGAGCUUAUGAGGAUGCUCAUCAUUCGUUUAUAGAAGAUAGAGAGAUUAUUGUUGAUUAUAAUAGGCAGCAGCUGAUGCCUGGAUGGAUACCAAGAAGAUUAGGAGGUGGACUUGGUGGUAAGAAAGAAUCAGGUCAGCUUCGUUUUGGAGGACGAGACAGACCAUUCCGUGCUCCCUUACGACCAAUCCCUCAUGAAGAUUUGAAAAAGCUUGGCAUUCAACUUCCGCCUGAAGGAAGAUAUAUGUCGCGUACUCAGAUUCCGUCACCUCCAAGGAGAAGAGGAAGUGUAUCGGAUAGAGAGGAAGGUUAUUAUCGAGAAAGGAGCUCUGUGGAAAGGGAAGAAGAGAUUAAAGAGCAAAGCAGCAGCCGUAGGAACUCACACAGAAAAAGCUCCUCCCAUAGAAGAAGACGCAGCAAAGACAGAGAGGAGAAAGAGUCUCGGUCUGAUAGAAAAGAGAGAUCACGAGGGAAGUCUGAUCGUUAUGGUGACGAUUAUAAGGAAGAAGAUUUUGGCAGUAGAAGAUCACAUGGCGCAGAAGAAGAACGACACUCUCACAAACGUCAUAAACAAUAUUGA